UUUUAUUUCUUAUGUGUUUGUGUUAUAAAGAAGAUAGAUAAACAGUGUGUUUCGAUCUUCUGGUCUCAUCGAGAUAUUAAAAAAGUUUCUCUUAACUUUUUUUUUUUCUUUUUGGUUUUGUUGAGUUUGAAUCCUAUCAUCUAAUCUUAUAUGUAUAUCUUCCGAUAGAAGAAAAAGGGAGCAGCUUUAUUUCUCUCUUUUCUUCUCCAUUUUACCUAAACAAAAUUCAUCCCAAGUUUCACUCUUGGUGAUUCUGGAAGCUAAGUUACUGACUUUAAGUUGCAGAUCUUGAGGUUAAGAAAGAGAGUGAGUUAGUGUUGUGUAAUGGAGGAGGUAAAGGGACAGAGAGGUAGUGGAACCACAGAGGCUGAUUUUGUGUUGCAAUGGGGAGAGAGAAAAAGAGUUAGGUGUAUGAAGGUGAAGAAAGAUCAAAGCCUUACGAAUGGCAAAUCAACUGAUUGUUUGACUAAGCGAAAACUCAUUUCCCGUGCUGUCUCUUCUGAGAGAGGCUCCCCUUCUCGACAUCUUAACCGUCCAAACAAGAUCACAGAUUCACUAGUCAAUGUGCGGAGAUCGUUUGUGGCGUCGCCUGAGAAGGAAGAUAGGUAUUAUACAACGAGGGGUUCCAUGGGAAUAGAUGACAGUGGGAAAAUUAUUAAGGAACCUAUGAAAGAAACCAAGAAGCAUGUUUGGCCUAAGUUGUUUAUAACUUUGUCAAAUAAAGAGAAGGAAGAAGAUUUCUUGGCUAUGAAAGGUUGCAAGCUUCCUCAAAGACCGAAGAAACGAGCCAAAUUGGUUCAGAAGACAUUGCUUCUGGUGAGUCCAGGUGCUUGGUUAUCAGAUUUGUGUAAAGAGAGAUAUGAAGUAAGAGAGAAAAAGACUUCAAAGAAGAGACCAAGAGGAUUGAAGGCAAUGGGGAGCAUGGAAAGCGAUUCAGAAUGAAUAAUGGUCGAAGAGAAGAACUUAAGCGAUAUUUUCAAGAUUUUGGCGAGGGGUAGAAAGGAUGUGUAUUUCGCUUUUCCAUUACAUUUGAGAUGCCUCUCUUCAUUACUACAAGUUAUAUACGAGGCCCUUGUAUUUUUGCUGAUGUUUUGCUUUCAAAGCUCAUCUAUCUUCUCUCAGUCUA